GUUAAUUCCUACACAUCCCGGCCGCAUCAUGGACGGUUCCUUCAGUUCAGAGAAGAAGAUCCCUCACCACUUGACCGAUGAAGAGAAUGGGGACCUUGAGGCCGUACCCGGCCACCUCGAAGAGGCCCAAGUCUUCCAGCAGGGCCUGCACCAGCGACAUAUUCAGAUGAUCGCCCUGGCAGGGACAAUCGGCACAGGGCUGUUUCUAAGUUCAGGUCGCGCCAUUGCUCAUGCAGGACCACUGGGUGGUUUCCUGGCGUACAGCAUCAUGGGCCUGUUAGUGUCCAGCGUUGUGUUCGCGGUGGGCGAGAUGGGUGCCUUGGUGCCGUUGGCCGGCGGCGUGAUUCGCUACGCAGAGAUCUUCGUCGACCCCGCCCUGGCCUUCGCCAACGGAUGGAAUCAAAUAUAUUCCUACCUCGUUUCAAUUCCGUCCGAAAUUGUUGCUGCGGCGGUGGUGAUUGAGUUCUGGACGACCAUCAACAAUGCCAUCUGGAUUACUGUUUUCGGAUUGCUGAUGUUGAUCACGGCCCUGGUGUUUGUGCGUGUAUAUGGCGAGCUGGAAUUUGGAUUCUCCAUCCUCAAAAUCUUGCUUGUGAUCGGCAUCAACAUCAUGGCCCUCGUCAUUACUUGUGGUGGCGCCCCAAACCAUACCAGCAUUGGCUUCCGCUACUGGCGCGAUCCAGGUACGUUUGUGCAAUAUCUCGGCAUCGGAGGCUCCUUGGGACGGUUCCUUGGAUUCUGGACAGCCCUGAACAGCGCGCUCUACUCCUAUUCCGGUAUCGAAAACAUCACGAUUGCAGCCUCCGAAACGCGGAAUCCACGCCGAUCCAUCCCCAUGGCCGCUCGUCGCAUCUUCGUCCGAAUCCUCCUCUUCUACGUAUUGACAAUCUUCAUGAUUGGGCUGGUGGUGCCCUCCGACGACCCCAACCUGCUCGGCUCCUCCGGCACGGCCUCGGAAUCUCCCUUUGUCAUUGCGGCGCGCAAUGCGGGCAUUAAAGUGGUACCAUCGAUAAUCAACGCGGUGGUGCUGACAUCGGCUUGGUCAUCAGGUAACUCGAACAUGCUGGGCGGAUCGCGCGUAAUCUACGCCAUGGCAGCGGAGGGCCACGCACCGGCAUUCUUCAUGCGCAUGAACCGCUUCGGCAUCCCAUAUGUAGCGGUGGCACUGCUGGGAAUAUUCAUGGCGCUGGGAUACAUGACGUUGUCCAGCUCGGCCAGCACGGUUUUCACCUGGCUGCAAGACAUUGUGUCCAUCGCCACGCUGGUCAACUGGGGAAUUAUCUGCAUUGUGUACCUCCGGUUCUACUACGCAUGUCGCAAACAAGGGAUUGAUCGUCACAAGGAACUGCCGUGGGCAGCGCCGUUCCAGCCGUGGAGUACAUGGAUAACGCUGGUUCUGUUUUGCCUGUUGUUUCUGACAGGUGGAUAUGAGACGUUUAUUCACGGCCAAUGGGAUACCGAGACCUUCAUCUCGUCAUACUUGAAUGUUCCCAUUAUUUUUGUGCUUUACUUUGGGUAUAAGUGGUGGAUGAAAUCAAAGAUCAUCCCGCUUGAGGAUGUGCCAGUGCGGCCGUUCAUCGAGCAUUACCAGAAGAACCCGGAGCCGGAGCCAAGGCCGAAACGGGGAUUGCGGCGAUUGAAUAUUCUGUGGGAGUAAUUGUACAUAUAGGUGAUUUUAUUACGUUCAAUAGUAUUCUGUAUUUAGCCGGCAUACAU